CAAUGAAUUCGCCUCAAUAACGCAAAGCUGUAUAAGUCACCAUGUAUGUUCGCAUAAAUCCCGAUCUGAUUCGGACUCAUUAUAUCAUUAAAUGGUCUUUGACGAACUAUUACCCGUAUCACGAAACACAUUUAUACCUCUUCGCGUCCGUCUUUCUUCUCAGAUAACCUGAUCACCUCUUAAACUCAUAAACCCAUCUCAUCAGCACAAAUACCUUGAGUGAAAUGCCCCUCGUUUGGCUUAUAACUGGAACAUCCUCCGGCUUCGGCCACGAAUUUGUAACCCAGCUGCUAUCCCGCGGCGAUAAGGUUAUCGCCACAGCGCGGAUUCUGUCUAGAAUCUCUGACCUGAAGCAGCUGGGACCUGAUGUGGUGACCUUAGAGCUGGACGUUACAGCGUCGCAGCGAGAGUUGAAUGACAAGGCUGCGGAGGCGAUUCAGGUCUUUGGCAAAGUCGAUGUGCUCGUCAAUAACGCGGGAUUUGUUAAGUUUGGGUUCUUAGAGGAUCUGAGUGAAGAUGAUUAUAUAAAGCAAUUCAAAACAAACGUCUUCGGCCCCAUCAACGUAGCCCGGGCAUUUCUGCCUCACUUUCGGUCCCAGAGGAGCGGAACUAUCGUGAAUAUCGGAUCGAUGUCCGCGUGGGAGACGUAUCCCGGAGUGGGGCCUUACUCUGCCUCUAAGGCAGCUUUGCGUUAUGCCACCGAGGCCUUGUCGCAAGAACUUGGUCCAACCGGGAUAAAAACCCUCCUUGUCGAACCAGGCCAGUUUCGCACUGAGCUCUUGGGUCCAUCGAACAGUGUGUUUGUUGAGACGAAGAUCCCCGAGUAUCAAGACGCAGCGAAUGCGUCGUUCGGGGCGUUUCGGAGUGCCCAUAGUAGACAGAGGGGGGAUCCGGUGAAGGGGGUGGCAAGGAUUAUUGAUGUGGUGAAAGGGGAGGGAGAAGCUGCUGGAAGAGAAUGGCCAGGGGAGUUGGUCCUAGGACAGGAUGCAAUUAGGGUUAUCAAAAAGAAGUGUGACGGGAUGUUGAGAUUGUUGAGUGAUUGGGAAGGCUUUUCUAGUUCUACUGAUGUCUGACCCUUGAGAAAAAAGAGCGUGAGGUACACGGUAGCUGGAUAUAGUCUGGUUAUAUAAUGUAUUCUGUUCAGU